GACUUCCACGAGCCUCAGCUCUUUCUAUUUCUCUCUCUCUGUCCCCUCUUCCGCCAACCACUAAGGGUGACGGAACAACAAUCAUGUUGGAAACUAAUGGGGGACGGGCCUUGUUGUUUCAGCUGCUACUUAUAUCCUUUGUUUUCUUCAGUUCAGUGGGCAAUGGGUGCGCAAGGAUAACAAGUACUUUUAUUCGUUCUGAGUGGCCAUCUGUUGACAUUCCUCUUGACAAUGAAGCAUUUGCACUUCCAAAGGGUCAUAAUGCACCGCAGCAAGUGCAUAUUACCCAAGGUGAUUAUGAUGGAAAAGCUGUAAUAAUCUCAUGGGUCACAUUGGAUGAACCUGGGCCCAGUAAAGUGCAAUAUGGAACAUCAGAAAACCAAUACAAAUUUAGUGAUGAGGGGACAGUGACAAACUACACAUUCUACCAUUACAAAUCUGGCUACAUUCAUCAUUGUCUUGUUGAUGGUCUUGAGCAUAACACCAAGUACUUCUACAAGAUUGGAUUGGGUGAUUCCUCUCGGGAAUUUUGGUUUCAAACACCUCCAGAAGUUCACCCAGAUGCUUCAUAUACUUUUGGAAUCAUAGGUGAUUUGGGCCAAACAUAUAAUUCUCUUUCCACUCUUGAGCAUUACAUGCAGAGUGGAGCGCAGACUGUCUUCUUUGUUGGAGAUCUGUCUUAUGCUGAUAGAUAUCAGUAUAACGAUGUUGGCAUUCGGUGGGAUUCAUGGGGCCGCUUUAUUGAGCGCAGUGCUGCAUAUCAGCCAUGGAUUUGGACAGCUGGAAAUCAUGAAAUAGAGUACAUGCCUGAAAUGGGAGAAGUUGUUCCUUUCAAAUCAUAUCUACAUAGAUAUGCAACACCAUAUAUGGCCUCCAAAAGCAGUAAUCCACUUUGGUAUGCCAUUCGGCGUGCAUCUGCUCAUAUCAUCGUUCUAUCUAGCUAUUCACCUUUUGUGAAAUACACACCUCAGUGGAGGUGGCUGCGAGAAGAGCUAACAAGAGUAGACAGAGAAAAGACGCCAUGGCUUAUUAUUCUUAUGCAUGCUCCGAUCUAUAAUAGUAAUGAAGGCCACUUCAUGGAGGGUGAAGCCAUGCGAGCAGUAUUCGAGAGUUGGUUUGUCCGUUACAAAGUUGAUCUAAUCUUUGCUGGCCACGUCCAUGCCUAUGAAAGAUCGUAUCGCGUCUCCAACAUUCACUACAAUGUAUCUAGUGGUGACCGGUAUCCUAUUCCUGACAAAGCUGCACCUAUAUAUGUAACAGUUGGUGAUGGAGGAAAUCAGGAAGGUCUUGCUUCAAGGUUUAGGGACCCACAACCAGAUUAUUCUGCAUUUAGAGAAGCCAGUUAUGGACAUUCCACACUUGAAAUAAAGAACAGAACACAUGCAUUUUACCAUUGGAACCGCAAUGAUGAUGGCAAAAAAGUGGCAACUGAUACUGCUAUAUUCCACAAUCAAUACUGGUGUGUGAAACUUCAUGGGGGAAAAAGGAGAAGAAAGAGGAACUGUAUGGACUAAAGGAAGCUAAUUAGUUCAUUGAUCAUCAGGGCAAGCAAUCUGCAGAGGAGGAGACUGAAGAAGAACCAUCUCAGGAAUGCCGAUAGCAGCGCUGUAUCUUAUUGAUGGAAUUGUAAAGGCGGUUCUUUUAAGAAAUAGUUGUGUUGUGGAUUUAAGGAGGGGGGUAAUGUAGUUUCUGAAACUAAAUGUAUUAGCUUCAUUAAUUAAUUCUUUAAACUCAU